AAUUGGCAAUGCGACCGCAAUUUGCUUUGAUUACCGCGCCAAAUAAAUGUGUACUGGCGCUUGGUCAAGUUGUGUGUCAACACAUCGCUUGAGCUUGCCAGCAAGCUGGAGAGGAAAAGAAGCCGGAGACUUGCAUCCAAUCCAAUGCCCUCAGAGGACAGAAGAGCGCCACCUCCUGUCACCCGGGCUGGACGCAAAGCUGCCGAGUCGGCGAAGCGGCCUCGCGGGCGACCUCGCAAAGAUGCUGUAGGCGGCCGCGCUGUACCUCCACCUGCCUCGCCUCCUCCUACAAAAUCAAGGAAGAAGGGGAGGAGUCGAGGCCAAGCCCAAGUGGAGGAUGAAGAAGGCGUGGACACGACUGAGAAAAGGCAGAUGGCAGAGGUGACAACUGGACGCCGUGGCUCCGCCUCCAGGAGAAGAUCCAACACUGAACCCAUCCUGGCUGUCCCAGAAGCUCCUCCAUGCGAACCCCCUCUUCCUUUGGCCCCGCCCCUGACGUCGAUUACUGAAGAGGAGCCGUCUCAAAACGGCGCCAUUGCCCCACCCCCUCCUCCGGACAGCCCCGGCGAUGAGAUGAGCCGAGCUAGUCUGGCCUCCAGCCCCGCGCCGUCAUCCCCCCUGCGCCUGGAGGACGACGACGCCCCGUCGCCGCUCUUACGACGUUCCGUGUCAGAAGAUUCUGGCUCGCCCACGCCCAGCCUCGGACACACCGAAAAACGCCUGCAGCAGUGUGCCUUCUGUUACCGCGGCGAGCACCCCCCUCUGGGCCAAGGCCCGCUGGUGGUGUUCGGUCCUACGCCGGGCUACAUCCCACUUCACGUCCUCAGCCGCCGAACCUCCCCGGACCGCGACGGCGAUUGUCACGAUCACUGCUACCCACGCGGCCAGGCCGUGCACACGAACAGCAGCAGUCCAGCACAGUGUGACGACGAGUCCUCCUCGCAGUUGCUGGAGCAGCUCGGAGCCGUGGGCCUUCCGCACGACAUUGACGUCCAGUCGUUGUUUGACCCCACAGGUCAAUGCUGCGCUCACCUUCAGUGCGCCGCCUGGUCUGAGGGGGUGUGUCGCGGCGAGGGCCAGGCGCUGCUCUACGUGGACAAAGCCAUCGACUCAGGAAGCUCGCAGGUGUGCGCCUUCUGCGGCGGGCUCGGCGCGUCGCUGCGUUGCCGAGAGACGGGCUGCGGGCAGAGCUACCACUUCCCGUGCGCUGCCGCCGCGGGAGCUCAUCAGGACUGGGAGCAGAGACGCACGCUGUGCACGAGACACACACACGCAGAGUCUCGGUCGUGCGUGGUGUGUUCCCGCGGCGGUGACGCCGGCGCUCUCUUGAUGUGCUGUUGCUGCGGCAACCAGUACCACGCCAAAUGCUUGGCCCCACCCCUGAAUCCCUCCUCACUUAUCCGGGCCGGAUGGCAAUGCGCUCCGUGUCGAGCGUGUCAACGAUGCAGGCUACGGGAGGAGACGUCUGUGUUGCUGGUGUGUGCUCGUUGCGAUAAAGCUUACCAUCCACACUGUCUGACUCUUCCACUGGAUCACACGCCUGACAGCAAAUGGACCUGUCAGAAUUGUCGAGUGUGUCGCCGCUGCGGCGUGAGGUCUUCAGGGCGCUGGGCCAAUCAUCCCUUCCUGUGCGUGUCAUGUGACCCAGCUUUGCCUUGUGGCGUGUGUGGCCACACCCCUGACGUUUCCUCACUGCAAGACUGCGUGACCUGCGUCCACUGCUACAGGUGUGUUCACACCCAGUGUGUUUCCGUCGAGACGGGCGUCGGCGCCACAAAGUGUGACCGUGACAGUUACGUUUGCUCUGCGUGUCAGAGGGCGGAGCCAGCAGCACUCCCAAUAAUCUCACCCAGUCCAGAUGUUCAAAGUCCCACUAUUCCUACGAGUACUCCUGCUCACAGCCCAGUCCAGUUCUCUAGCUCUACGCAGGCUCAGACUCCAACUGACGAAAACCCAGUACCUUCUCCAUCCGAUGCCACGGAACCUCCAUCUCCUUCGAGCCCCACAGAGCAAAGACUGUGUCUCGUCUUGUCUCCGUCCGACCCAGCGGAGCUCCAGCAAAGUCCAACGUCAUCUCCUAGCUCCAACGAGCAGAGACUUAGUCUAGUCCUGUCUCCCUCCGACCCAUCGGAGCUCCAGCAAAGUCCAGCGUCUUCACCGUCUAGCCCCACGGAGUUACAAGAAAGUCCGCAGUCAUCUCCCUCUCAUGCUGCAAAGCCAGAGCAAAAAAGUCCAGAACACACUUACCCCACAGAACUUCGUCUAGUACUGUCUCCCUCUGACCCUGCAGAGUUUCAGCAAAGUCCUGGAUCCUCCUCUUCAUCAUCAUCUUCUAAGCCCAAAGAGCUUAGACUGAGUCCAACACAAUCUCCAUACAACCCUACAGAUCUCCACCCGAGUCCAGAACAGUCUCCCUUGAACGCUACAGUUCAGAGACAAAGUCCACCGGCAUCACCUGCAAACCUCUCAGUGUUGCCAGAGUAUCCAACGCCAUCUUCCUGUUCAGAGCUUCGCCAGAGUCCUUCUUUCAGUAGUGAGACGCGGACAAGUUUAGAUCAACAUAGUCCACCACAAUCUCCAUCUGAGGGCAUGGCUCUCCAACCUUUGAAUUGUCAUCAAGCAGAGCUCCAGCUGAGUCCUGUUCUCUCCCUUUCCGACACGACAGAGUUCCCGAAAAGUCAAGUCCCAUCUCCUUCAAACGUCACAGAUCCCCAGCAAAGUCCAAUGCCUUCUCCUUCUAACACAACAACUCUCUUUCUAAGUCCUACACCAUCUCCAUCUAUGGUCGCAGAGCUCCAUUCAAGUCCAGGCCCAUCUUCAUCUGAGCCCACAGAGUUCCAGAAAGGUUCAGUCCCAUCUCUGUCUAAUAACACUGAGCUAGAGCAGAAACUGCUCCCAUGCCCUAAAGUCACAGAGUCCCCCCAAAGUCCAACACCUUCCCCUUCUAAUGUCACAGAGCUCCAUCUAAAACCAGUCCCAUCUCCAUUGAAGUUGACGGACAUGCAGCAAAGCUCAGUCCCAUCUCCUUCUGACCUAAAGGUUCGCCAAUUAAGUGCAGUCCAACCUCUGUCUGAUGACACAGAGCUUCAGCAAAAUGCACUCCAAGCUCCAAACAUCACAGAGUUCCAACAAAGUGCAACGCCAUCUCCUUCUAGUGUCACAGAGCUCCAUCUAAUCCCUGUCUCAUCUACAUUGGAGCCCACCAAGGUCCCACAAAGUCCAGUAGCAUCUCCUUACACAAAGGACCUCCAUCUAAGCCCAGAACGACAUCCUUCCAAUGUCACAGCUUUCCCUCCAAGUCCAGUACCCUUUCCUAACAUCACAGAGAUCCAGCACUGUCCAACAUCACCACCUCUUAAAACCACUGAACCUUCACCGCUAUCUCCUUCUAACACAACAGCUCUCCAUUUGAAUCUAGUCUCAUCCCUGAAUUCUACAGAGCUCCAGCAAAGUCCAGUCCUUUCCCCUUCUAACGUCAACGACAUCCUGUGUAGUCAAGUCUCGUCUCCUACUCACAUUGCAGAGGUCCAGCAAUGUCCAACACCGUCUCCUUCUAAAAUAAGUGAACUUGGGCUAAGUCCAGUGCCCUCUUCAUCGAAGCCCACAGAGUUCCAGCAAAAUCCACUCACUUCUCCUACCAAUGUCCUGCAGCCCCACCAAAGGCCAGGCUCACCUCCUUCAAACAUUACAGAGGUCCAGCAAAAUCCAACACCAUGUCUUUCCAACAUCACAGAAAUCCCACAUAGCCCAUCACCAUCGCCUUCUAACAUCCAAAACCUCCAACAAAGUCCAAAACCAACGCUUUCCAAUGUCACCAUGAGCCAUCAGAACCCCUUACCAACUGCUUCCAACGUCCCCAACAUAUCUUCUGAUGUCACAGAGCUCCAUCGAAGUUCAGCAUCAUCUCCUUGCACCCCAGAGCUCCAUCAAAAUCCAGCAACAUCCCCUAAUAUCACUGCGCUUGAUCAAAGUUCACCAACCUCUCCUUACGCCCCAGAGCUCCAUCAAAAUCCAGCAACAUCUCCUAACAUCACUGCGCUUGAUCAAAGUUCACCAACCUCUCCUUACGCCCCAGAGCUCCGUCGAAAUCCAGCAACAUCUCCUAACAUCACUGCGCUUGAUCAAAGUUCACCAACCUCUCCUUACGCCCCAGAGCUCCAUCAAAAUCCAGCAUCUCCUAUUAUCACUGAGCUUAAUCAAAGUUCAACAGCAUCUCCUUACGCACCGGAGCUCCACCAAAAUCCAGCAACAUCUCCUAACGUCACUGAGCUUCAUCAAAGUACGGCAGCAUCUCCUUGCGCACCAGAGCUCCAUCAAAAUCCAGCAACAUCUCCUAACAUCACUGAGCUUCAUCAAAGUACGACAGCAUCUCCUUGCACACCAGAGCUCCACCAAAAUCCAGCAACAUCUCCUAACGUCACUGAGCUUCAUCAAAGUACAACAGCAUCUCCUUGCGCACCAGAGCUCCAUCAAAAUCCAGCAACAUCUCCUAACAUCACUGAGCUUCAUCAAAGUACUACAGCAUUUCCUUGCGCACCAGAGCUCCAUCAAAAUCCAGCAACAUCUCCUAACAUCACUGAGCUUCAUCAAAGUACAGCAUCUCCUUGCGCACCAGAGCUCCAUCAAAAUCCAGGAACAUCUCCUAACAUCACUGAGCUUCAUCAAAGUUCAACAGCAUCUCCUUACGCACCAGAGCUCCAUCAAAAUCCAGCAACAUCUAACAUCACUGAGAUUGAUCAAAGUUCAGCAACCUCACCUUACUCCCCAGAGCUCCAUCAAACUCCAGCAACCUCUCCUAACAUCACCGAGCUUCAUCAAAGUUCAACAGCAUCUCCUUACACCCCAGAGCUCCAUCAAAAUCCAGCAACAUCUAACGUCACUGAGCUUCGUCAAAGUUUAGUGACAUCCCCUUCUCAUGGCACACGGCUCUGUCAAAGUCCAGUCCCACCUCCUUCUGUCACAGUGUGCCCAUCUAUAUCAAAAUCCACAGUGCUCCAUCAUAGUCCAGUCCCAUCUCCUUCUAAUGCCACAAUCACAAGACCAAGUCCAGUAUCUUCUCCAGCAAUCCCCACAGAGCUCCAGCCAAGUCCAUUACCAUCUCCCUCAUCAGAGCUCCAUGAUAAUCCAGUGUUGUUGGCUUCAGAAGCCGCCGAGCAAAUCCACAAAUUCGAAGAACCCCAAAAUAUCCAAGAACCUGUACUGCAACCUCCCCCGCCGUCUCCAGUAGAGCUUGUGAGCGGCCACCCGUCCUCCUUUGAGAGCGCAGAGCUCCACAAAUGUCCUGCUGCGCCCCAGCUUUGUCCAAUUCAAGUCCAAGGCCCACAAGUCAAUCACGUUCCUUGGGAGCGUAAAGAAAGGCAUAGCAGGUCCCCAAUAGCUAACCUUUGCUCCACACCUCCCCCGUUGCCUUCGGUUCCUUUGAACGUGGAGCGAAACGCUACACGUUUGACCUCCACGCCACUUCAACUUAGUCCCCCAUCCAGCCUUUCCAUAGAUUCGAGCAGGGAGAAGCUUGCAAAAAGUCCGGUGUGGUGUAGUGUUCUGUCCGAGCGAAGCCCGUGCAGGUUGGACGAUGCAGAUGUAGCAAAGCCAGCGAGAGAAGCCCCUGAACUGGAACGGGACCUGUCACGGGACAGUAAUUCCCCUGCAUGUCUCGAAUCUGUUGUCUGUAACACUGCCGCUGACGGGCCCGCACCCUCGACACUUUCCACUCCGCAGAGUGAGCCGUCGAGCCCCCUUGGACACCUGCCGUCGCCCGCACCAGCAAGCCUUGUCCACCAAAACGUUUCGGUGGACCUUGGCAGCCUCCCUCUUGUCCUUUCUGAGACUGGUACCGUGGAGGAUGUUCUUGGUGACCAAAGCGAUUCUCCCGACUCCCGACAUCGGACUGGAUCCAGUGGUGCUAGUCCUGCCGGCUCAUUUCAGGCACCGUGCAAAUUGAUGACAGACACCGCCUCUGUUGAACAUUCACCAGUCAGGACCUGUCCUUCGGAUCAACCGGGUAGCCCUGUAAUGCCAACAGGAAGCUCUUGCCAGCCAGCCGCCAGCGCCUUGUCAUUGGACGCUUCAGUGGGUGAGCGCCAUGCGGCCGGCUGUGCGCCUGAUCCGAACCCCCCUCGGCUCCCACUGUCUGGCGGAUCCAGUCCCCUGCCCGUCCCGAAGUGCAGAAAUGCCUUCGAGACAAAGCCUUCCCAUUCCACCGGAGCUCGUCCUACGUACUGCAGACCUGUUGAUGCCAGCUCUGAUAGUCAAGGUCUGAUCACACUUGUCAUGGAGUCCAGCGUCUUCUCCAGCAACCAAAGUUCACAUUCUAGCAGUAGCUCGACUCCACCGGAGGCUGCCGAAACGUGUCCCAGGAGCCCCACAGGGAGCACAGAUUCCAGCCCCCAAGUGGACACACAGGCUACUUCCCCAGAGGAGAAUCCACUUCAGCUUGAUUCCGGUCCAGGCGUGACUUUGGAACCUGCACGGAAGACCAAAUCUCCAAGUUACCAACCCGGUGGUCCUGCCGCGAGCCACGCUAGUCCGACUUUCCCGAGACAGUUUCCAGCACCAUUAGGCCCCUCGAGCGACAGAGCAGCCGGCAGUUCCACUCAGGCACAUGGCGAUUUGCUCGAAACUGGAUGCGCUCGUGAAACCCAAGCGAGAGAGGCCGACUGGAGUCAGCUUUUUCGUCAUGCAGAGAGCAUAGAAAGUCCUGAACAGCCAGAGACUGGUACGGGUUCAGCUCUUCAUACUCGCCUUCAGUCAGAAACUGGCCCAAGUGAUGCCGGUUCCGCUUCUGCCGUCUCGUCUGAGGCGGAGUCCACCUCCAUCACCACGGACCAGGAACCACCUCUCCACUUGCACCAGUACCUUCCUGACACGUCAGAAGGAGUACCGGACCAGGCGGAAAAUAAGCAGCACAUGCUAGAGGAGGAAAAUGCGAAGCAGAUGCAGGAGGAGAAUAGGGAGCAGCAGCAGCAGGAGGAAAAUUUAUUGCAGAACCAGGAGCAGCCCAGGACUUUAAGAUGCCUCCCGUCAGGUACGGAGCAGGCAGUUAGUUCAAAUAACCUCCAGAAGGAAGCUGACGAUGUCUCCCUAGGAGUCCAUCCAUCAAGCGGUGAGCCCGCUGCAGCCUCCCCCUUCUUCUCCACUCCUCCCUCACCGUCGUCGCCCUCACCUAGCGCUUCCCCUCCGCCGUGGCCAGACAUCUCCUCAGCGGCGUCCCCUCCCCCCAGCGCGGAGCCCGACUGUUCCUCGGAAUGGCCACGAGAAGACUUCCGGGAGAUGCUCGAAUCCACCAACGAUGCUGCCUCAUCCCGGGCCGGCUCAUCAGAGAGGGACGACGCGGUCGCAAUGAAACCAAGACGGGAGGAGAGCGACAGCGGCGGGGAGGCAGUGGGCGGGGCAGACCCUUCUUUCGACUCGGAGGUGAUGACGCUGAUGAGCUCGUUGUCUCCGAGCGCCUCCCUCAGCCCUCGCCCUCUCCACAUGCGGAGUCUAAGGCCUCCUCCUCGCUCGCUGCCUCCAACGGACGAACUGUCCAUCCGACUCAGGCAGUCUCCGUUCUCCACGGAGGCCUCCCCUGAGACCUCGCCCAACAGGGUCCCGCUCACCCCGCCGCCCCUCUCCCCUCCUUCGCCCAGCGUCAGUCCACCGUCCAGGGAGUUGCCGCCCCUCUGCAAGACCUCACCGUCGGCGUCCGCGGUCAUCCCGCUCACCCGUAAGAUCAGCAUGGGCAAGCCCGCCAUUUCCAAGAGGAAGUUCUCCCCGGGCAGGUCCUGCGUGCGGCAGGGUUCGUGGUGGAGUAACACGAGGCCGGUGAGCCCCCACUCAUCCUCCCAGGACUCUGUGGGCGAGGGAGGCCAGGACAGCCCCAAGUCCCGCCAAGCGGACUCGCCGCUCUGGAGCAUGAGAGUGGGUCGUGGCUCAGGCUUUCCUGGAAGGAGGAGGUCUAGAGGAGGAGGAGGUGCGGGAGGAGGACGGGGGGGACGAGGAAGAGCUCGGCUCAAGACGCAGGACUUUGUGUCUGUGUCGCCUGCGUACGGCUUUGUGGAGUCGGUCCCGCCCAAGGAAGAGGAGGAGGAGAACUCCAUGCACAACACUGUGGUCAUGUUCUCUACCUCGGACAUCUUCACGCUCCAACAGGACAUGUGCGUGGUGUGCGGCAGCUUCGGGCGCGGCGCGGAAGGUCGCCUGCUGGCGUGUUCCCAGUGCGGCCAGUGCUACCACCCGUACUGCGUCAAUGUCAAGGUCACUCGGGUCAUCCUGACCAAGGGCUGGCGCUGUCUGGAGUGCACGGUGUGCGAGGCCUGCGGCGAGGCCACCGACCCCGGCCGGCUCUUGCUGUGCGACGACUGCGACAUCAGCUACCACACGUACUGCCUGGACCCGCCCUUACACACCGUGCCCAAGGGGGCCUGGAAAUGUAAAUGGUGUGUUUGGUGUGUCCAGUGUGGUUCGGCCUCACCCGGGCCGCACUGCGAUUGGCAGAGCAAUUACAGCCACUGCGGCCCGUGCGCCAGUCUCACCUGCUGCCCCCUCUGCCAGAGAGCCUACGCUCACGACGACCUCAUUCUGCAGUGUCAGCAGUGUGACCGGUGGGUACAUGCCGUUUGUGAGGGUCUGGCCACCGAAGACGAGGCGGAGGACACCGCCGACGAAGGUUUCGACUGUUCGCUGUGUCGAACGCACAGUCGCGUCCCGUUGGGGAGGCCCGAUAAUUUGGACAUGGCUCAGAUCCUCUCCAGGAGCCGCGAAGCAGACACCAAGACGUACAGUCAGGAUGGCGUAUGUCUGACCGAGUUGGGCCUCUCUCAGCUGCAGUCGCUGGUGGAACCUUUGACCUCAGCUCGCAGGUACCGCAGGUACAAACCCAAACUGAAGCUGAGGAUCAUUAACCAGAACAGCGUGUCCGUCCUGCAGACUCCACCCCACCCAGACGCAGGUCACCUGGAGUGUGACCUCAAGUCGGACUCCAGCCCUGAGAGAGAGCUCGCCCUCGAUGAUGAUGUCAGCAAAGACGUGGCCAAGAGGAAGAGGAAGCCAUACAGGCCAGGCAUCGGCGGCUUCAUGGUGCGGCAGCGCGGCGGGAAGGCGGGAGGCGCUGCUGUUAAAGGCGGCGGCGAGCAACCUUCCGGCCAGACGCCGCAGGCAGACGAAGACGGAGCCGAACGCACCGCAGACAAGGCGAAGAAGAGAUAUAGAAAGAAGAAGACCAAGCUGGAGGAGGCCUUCCCGUCUUAUCUACAGGAAGCCUUCUUCGGUCGGGAUCUUCUGUAUCGUAUCCGUCAAGUGGACCAGAGGAUGCUCUCGGAGGCGGCGAGGAUCAGCCAGUCAGGAGCGGUUGACACCCCCUCUGGAAAGCUGAUCAAGGCAAAGCAGGAAAGACUCUCAGGCCCGGACAUCGGCUCCGUGAUCCACGACCCCUUGCUGACCUCUGAGCCGACAGGAAGCGGCGGGCGAGGUCAGAAAGCAUUGCACGAAGAACCUCUGGACGCCAUCCUAAACCCCGAGCUGGACAAGAUGGUGACGGACGGUGCCCUCCUCAGCAAACUGCACAAGAUUCCAGAGCUGGAAGGGAAAGACGUGGAAGACCUUUUCAUUGCCGUGCUCAGCCCAGACAGCAGCCAGCAACACAACCAAUACACGCACACGGCAGGCUCCGGCGCUUUUCCUCGUCUGGCUCUGCUGAACGGCCUGGCGGGCCACGCUGCCAAGUCGGACAACGUGCCGGGGGUUCCGGUCUGCGGCGGCACCCCUUGCCCGCUACAGGCUAAUCAGGCGGCGGCAGAGGGCGAGCACGACGCCAUGUCGACGGCUCAGAGGAGUAUGAUGAAGUGGGAGAAGGAGGAGGCUCUCGGGGAGCAGGCCACUGUCGCGCCCGUGCUCUAUUGUAACACCAACUUCCCCCAGCUGAGGGAGCACUACCCUGAGUGGUCAACGAGAGUCAAGCAGAUCGCCAAGCUGUGGAGGAAGGCUAGCUCGCAGGACAGAGCGCCGUAUGUGCAACGGGCACGGGACAACCGGGCGGCUCAACGCAUCCACAAGGUCCACAUGUGCAGCGAGCCUCCGAAGCGCACGCAUCCAUGUCCACCGCCGCCCCAGGUGCCCUAUGACACCGGCUGCCCGGACGCCGCCGACUCGGCUCUCCGGGAUCCGUUCAGGCCCAGAGAGUCAGAGCAGGAGCAGGAGUGGAGGUUGAGACAGGGAGAGGUAAAAGACAGAUGGCGAGCCGGUAAGAAGAGGCAGGAAAAUACAGAUAAAGAUUGUCCCUUCCAGGCAUCUGUAGCAGGAGGUGGCAAAGAGGCUCUGCAAAUGCGGCAGAAGAGCAAACAAAUGGCCAAGAUAGAAGCCAGUCAAAAGCUGGAGCAGGUAAAGAGCGAGCAGCAGCAGCUGCUGCUGCAGCAGCAGCAGCUGCUGCUGCAGCAGCAGCGGCAGCUCUUGGCCAAUCAGCGGCCGGACGCCUCGCCGGACGCACGCCCACGUCACCACCUCCUCCAAGGCUCGUCGCUGGCUGAUGACGUCUUUCUCAGACCGCAAGCGCCACCCCCUUCCGGAUGCGCGUCACUUCCGCACUCCCCCCGCUCCCCUCACUCCUCCUCCUCCCCCCUCCAGCAGCUCCCCAACUCCCCUCAGAUGUUUUCCCCUCCAUCGUCCCGUCCGGCCUCUCCCUGGGACCCUUACAGCAAGCCGGUGGGGACCCCUCGGCCCACCUCCGUUCAGCACUGCCCCCCCCUCAGCAUCUCCCCUGCUCGCGACACCUCAGGGUCUCCAGCGCCAUCACCCGAUUUCAAAGCCUCCGAUGCUUCCCGCGCACUUGCCCUCCAGACUGGUCCGCAGCACAGCAAAGCAGCUAUGAAGAGCCCCCCCUCGGCCUCACAGGUGUACCACAGGUCUCUGGUCCAAGGGGGCACCUUUAAAGCCCCCAUGGCCCCCCAAAACCAGCUGCAGCAGGACUCUUUUUGUGUCACGGCGCCGGGAGCCAGGAGGGAGCCAUCUAGACCGGCAGACCUCGGCCUCCCGCAGUCUCAGGACCCCGCCUUUCAUUCAGGGAUGGGCUCCCCUCGGCGUGGCCCAUACGCCCCUGCGCCAGGCACCCCCAGGUUGGACUGUAACCUCCCAAUGGCCCAGUCCUUGGUCCAGCAGUCGGCUUUGCCCGAGGCCUACACCAACCCUUCGAGCUCGUAUCUCACGAACGCGCUGCCCGCGCUACGCCCCGACCACUUGAAGAUGGCGAGCGCCUCGCCUUCCCACCACGUGUCGGAACCCCAUCCCCCCCUUCCCGUGCACUUCACUCGAUCGCCGGGUGGCACCGUGACCUCCGACCCCUACGCCAAAGCUCCUGGGACGCCGCGCCCCUCGCCGGACCAUUAUGCCCAGCGACCCUCCUCCCCCGACCUUCAGAAGCCCCUAGAAGCCCUCGGGCAGACCCUAGUGGAGACCUCGGCUUCUCAAUUCAUGAGAUCUCCACUCGGCGGGGAAACAGCGACCCGCAAGCAGUCGCAGCAGCGGGACUCCUUUGUUGGGACGUCCGGGAGGAGCCUGGCCCUGGAGUGCGCCGAGACGUCCGAGCACAGGACGGCGGCAGCUCACGUGGGCUCCGGAGCCUCGCCGACCGACGAGACGACAACCGGCGACGAGACUUCGUUGGGAGGACCAAUGGCCUUGCUCCCGCAGCUCGGCGACUCAGAGGAGAAGCUGAGACAGGAUGCCGAAACGUCUGCGCUCGUGCAGCGUCAGAGGCUGCGUCAGCUCAUCCUGAGGCAGCAGCAACAGAAGAGCGCCCUGCGGCAGGAGAAAGGUCUACGGGAGGCCGGACCCUCACCAUCCAUACCUGCUUCCGGUGUGCCGACACCCCAUCGCUGGCCCAUCGCCCCGCCGAGGGACGCCUUGGGACGGCCUCCGCCGCCUUACCCCGGCACGCCGCAUUUGCCGGGAGAACAGCUGCGAGGUCUGACCUCGGCCAACAUGGCUCCGUUUCCCCCGCAGAGAGGAAUGCCCUUGAGGUUUUUUCCGCAAGACUCUUUCCCGCAUAGCAACGCCGGAGGAGGAGCUCCCGCCGUCGCCCCCGCCCAAUUGAGGAAGCCGCUUCCCAGUGAGCUGAUUGUCAUCCGUCCGGUGACCGCCGCUGGCCCGCACCCUCACGUCUUGUCAGCCGCCCCCCAGGCCUUUCCCGUCCCCUGCGCUCUCCCCGUGCAGCAACACAGCAUCCUGGGUCAACCCUACAUCGAGCUUCGCCAUCGCGCUCCAGAGAACCGGCUGAGAAUGCCCUUCUCCCCCGCGGCCGAGGAGGCCCCGCCCGGCACGCGCCUGGGGGAAACUGCGGUCGGCCAGCCUGUGCUCCUGAUGGUGCAACUGAACCAGCAGGAUCAGCGGAACCUGGUCCACACGGCGGCGCCGGCCCUGGCUCAGGGCCAUGACGUGGCACUCCAGGGUGCCGAGGGCAUCGAGGAGCACUUGGAAGGCGUGGAGUCGGCUGUCAAAGAUCUGGAAGACGUGGAAGUGAAAGACCUAGUUGACCUCAGUCUCAACCUGGAUCCCGAAGAUGGCAAAGAAGACUUGGACCUGGGUCCGAACGACCUCCACCUCGAUGACUUCCUGCUGUUGGGGAAGUUUGACCUGAUCGCUUACGCUGACCCCGAGCUCAACCUGGAGGACAAGAAAGACAUGUUCAAUGAAGAGCUCGACCUAGGGGAGUCUGUAGGCGAGCCGAAGAAGGUGGCACCCCGAAAGGACAGCCUUGUCGACUCUGCGGUUCCGGUCAAAGAAGAAAAUGAAGAGGGUGUCCAGGCGGAUCCUCCAAACCGGUCUGCUCCCCCUCCUCCGCCUGUGCAUCCUCAAAAGAUUCCUGGACCGGAUGGAGCCUUUGGACUAGCUGCGGCGGCUUCUGGGGCUGAGGCAGCAGGAUUGAGCCAGCUUGCCUCCAAGGGAAAGUUGGGGCAGUCCGUUUGUGGUUCUGGGCUUUUGCAGGCCAAUGUAAAGGCUCCACCUUGUUCCCUGACCCCGCCGCUGGCUCCAGGUCCGCAGUCCGGCUUCCGGCAGAGCGUGGCGGGACCCUCAUCGGCUUACCUGGCUCCUCACCCGCCGCCCUCUCGGCAAACUAGCGCUCCUCACGCUCCUCUGGGGCUGCCUCUUGGCUCCGGGCCUCACUCGCUGUCCCUCCAACUCUCCCAGCCUUGCCCGCUCAUCAGCCCUCAAGCUCAGCCCCUUCAGCCACCGUGCUCCAGAGAGGAAGUGUCUCCUCUGGGCCAGGACCUGAGUCAGAGCAAUGGCAAACAUCUCCUCCUGGAGGAGCAGCCUCUCCUGCUGCAGGACCUCCUGGACCAGGAGCGCCAGGAGCAGCAGCAGCAGAAACAAAUGCAGGCCCUGAUCAGGCAUAAGUCUACCCCGGAGCCCGGAAUCCCGGAUCUGGUGGACUUUGACUCCGUUUCGGACCCCAUCAUGAAGGCCAAGAUGGUGGCUCUGAAAGGCAUCAAUAAGGUCAUGAGCCAAGGUAGCCUGGGCCUCAACAACAUGGUCAUCAACAGGUUUCAUCAGGCUCCAGCCGCCGCCACUCCUGAGGCCACAAGUCAGCCGCCUGCUCCAGUGGCCCAGGGCGCCAACUUGAACGCUCAGCUGGCGCGGCCCAACCCACCCAGCUUUGGACCGGGCUUCGUCAAUGACUCUCAGAGGCGUCAGUAUGAAGAGUGGUUGGGGGAGACGCAGCGGCUCCUGCAGAUGCAACAGCGCCUCCUGGAGGAGCAGCUCGCCGCCCACCGCAAGACCAAGAAGGCGCUGUCGGCCAAACAAAGGACGGCCAAGAAAGCGGGUCGCGAGCCGGCCGAGGACGACGCCGCCCAGCUACGCUACGUUGUCGAGCAGCAGGCCGCCGUCCAGAAGCAGCUGGAACAGAUCCGGAAGCAGCAAAAAGAUCACACGGUGCUCAUUGAGGACUACAGGAGCGGCCAGCGGCAGCAGAGGGCCCCCCCAACGUCACCCCCUGCCGUGCUGCCCCAAAAUGCGCCACCUUUACCGAGCGGCGUUCAGAAGGUCCCCCCCACUUGGUCGGCGCCCCUGAUGCCGCCCGCCCUCCCGACGGUCCCUCAAGCUCCGGCCACGGUUCCUGGGCUCCCGGUUCCGGCGUCCGGUUUUGCCUCCGGUGGCAUCGGGGGUAGUGACCUAUCGGUCCCGACGCCUCAGGUCAAAUUUGAUGACAACAACCCCUUCAGUGAGGGUUUCCAGGAAAGGGAAAGGAGGGAAAGACUGAGAGAACAGCAAGAGCGACACAGAGUGCAACUCAUGCAAGGGGUGGAGCAUCAUCGGCUGUUGCAGCAGCACAGGCUGGAUGCGGACCAGCAAGGCGGAGCACGGCUGUGUCCCGCAGGGCCGGCAGUCGCCACCGGGUCCCUUGGCCCAGCCCCCGCCGAAGACGCUCUCUCCCAGAUAGCCUUCUUCAGUUCCGAGCUGCCCCAGGACUUCCUCCAGUCUCCCCCUGGCGCCCGACCACCUGCGCCGGGGGCCCAGGCGGCAGUACCGUUCCCUGCGCCCCAGCAGGGCUUUACCGGAGGACUGCACCCGCACGGGGCCGGCAUCUCCCCGGAGCGAUUCGCGAGGGUCUUGCCCUUGGAGGUGGCGCAGACUAAAGCAAGGGCCGCCGGAAGUCCAGCUCAGGUCCGCCCGUUGGGCACCCCUCCGACGCCGCCCAGUCAAGCCGCUCAAGGCCAUCAUCCGUUCAGUCCCGACUCUGCCUUCUCCUCGCCAUCAACCGCCCUCUGCGCCCCCUUCUCCUCGUCCUCCCUCUCUCAGCUCUACGCCGACAUCCUGCCCGACGACGGCCCCAAAAGGAAAAAGAGGAGCAGCGUCAACCGGGACAGUGGUGCCGGGACGCCGCUGUACGCUCACUCUGACAUCGCAGACUCGGCCGACACGUCCUGUUCCACCCCCGCACGGGGCAUCGCCGAGCCGACUGACUCUAACUUUCCCUCGUCGGCUUUGGCGCCGUCCUUGGAGCUGGAGAGGCAGCUGUCUGUGUGCUCGACGGCCCGGGAGAGAGGCGGUCUCACGGGCGCAGACCGUCCGAAAGCCUUCCUGCGCGGGAGCCGCGUGGAGGUCAAGGAGGAGCGCGAGGAGCGGGGCGAUCCGGUCCAGUCGCAGUGCGCCUCCCCUCUUCACGACCCCGGGAAGGAGCUCCUCCGCCACCUGCUCAGAGAAAAGGCCUCGCCCCAUCAGACGCCAUCGCCCGGCACCCACGGCCCGCUCACCAUCUCUGGCGAAAGCCUGCGCUCCGAGGAUGAGGACGGCAGCGCAUUCCACGACAACGUGUCGACGUACGCUCUGAUCUCAGACGUCCUGGACUCGUCGACCAGCAAGAAGCUCUGCAAGCGAGCGGCUGCGCGGCCCGACAAAGACAAAAGUCUGAGCAAGUGCAAACAGAGGCGACGAGAGGACGAGGACGCUCUCGACUGCUCGUCUUCUCCCUCGGAGCGGUCGGUGACGCACCUCACGCAGCUCUCGGCGCUGCCCCUGAUGGAACCCGUUCUGGUUCUGGACCUGAGCCCUUUCCCCCCGUACGGCAGCUCGUCUUUGGGCCGAGUCUCCAGGUUGAGCGGCUCCUUCGGCAAUGCCUGCCUGGACGGAGUGGCCGACUACUACGCGCAACUGGCGUGCAAGAACAUCCUGGGAAACCCCCCCACCCCUCCGGCCUCGCUGCCGCCCACCCCCCCUCCGCAGAAGCUGCUCAACGGCUUCGCCACAGCGGAGGAAGUGAGCAAACAGGACAGCGAGCGCACCGCAUCUUGCGACGGUCCAAAAUGCGGCGGUGGUGCCGUGGGGCCUGACCUCGCCCCGUCCGGUGCGCCAGUCAAAUCCAAGGGCGAAGCGCUCCGGCGGGCCGCCCGGACUGCCGACGUCGAUGUGCCCGCUUCCCUGCCCACGCCGCCCCACAACAACCAAGAAGAGCUACGUAUCCAUGACUCGUCUCCGUGCGCCAGCCCGGACGGCUUUGUUCCGUCCUCGUCCCCCGAGAGCACGGUUGACGCCGAGGUCAGUAGGUAUCCCGACCUGUCGUUCGUCAAGACGGAGGCCCUGUCCCCCUGCCCGUCGCCACCAAUUCCCAUCGUGCCCUGCUCCUGGGGCAAAGGCUCUGCGCUGAAGCGGGAAGUCAAGACUGAGGCCGGUCAGCAAGCUCCUCCCUCCUGCUCCGACGCAGAUCUGGUUCCCAUCGCCAUCACCUUAAACUCGACCGCCUCACAGAAUGUUCUCAGAGUUAUGGCAGCGGUGGCAAAGCUGCUGCGGUUGCCCGCCCCCAUCAACUACCAGCUGAGUCGCGCUUCGCUCGUCCCGCCCGCCCUGGUGGCCGGAGUCUCGGUGCCGCUGCCUCAGGCCUCAGCAAGCAGCAUGCAGCAGAGGACAGCACCACCAACUGGUGCCAGGUUGGACUCGAUCCAACACAACGUGGGCAGCGCUCCCGCCGUCUCCAUCCCGCCGUCGUGUGGCUUCUGCAAAGUGUUGCUGGGCAACGGAGUCCGCAAAAUCCAUGAGGCCAAACAAGAGGGUGGAUCCAGUCUGCUGUUCUGCAGCCCCACCUGCUCGGCACUCUACUCGUCCGGACCAAAGGCGGCCGAGUGCGCCGCUCCGCUCCUUCCUCAACACCGCUACGCCAACAACAUGUCGUCCUUUGCCGUCCACUCGCUCCCCGCCACACCACUGACCCCCUCCCGGACUGCCGCCGCCUCCCCGCCCCCCCGCUUCCCUUCUGCUUCUGCCAUCACAAUGGAGACCAAACCCCGCCUGGACGGCCUCAAGGUGAAGGUGAAACUAAAGCCCCACCCCCACGCCUUCUCCGAGGCUGACUGUCAGCGCGCUAAGCGAACAAAGAGUUUGCGCUGGCGCCGCUGGAAUGUCAACGUGGCUUUGACCAGCAGGGGCCCCGUUUCCGACAAGGCUGUCGCCGUGCCGACCGAGGAGGAAGCGGAUGUGUUGUUGAAGAAGCUGGGGGCGUGUCUUCGGCCCGACCCCUUUCCCGCGGACCAGCGCAGGUGUUGCUUUUGUCACCAGCAGGGCGACGGAGAAACCGACGGAGCCGCCAGAUUGCUCAACCUGGACUUGGAUUUGUGGGUGCACCUGAACUGCGCUUUGUGGUCCAGCGAGGUGUACGAGACUCAGGCGGGCGCUCUGAUUAAUGUGGAGUUGGCGCUGCGCCGGGGUCUGACGCUGCGAUGCGCCCAUUGCCAGCAAACGGGCGCAACCAGCGGCUGCAACCGGCUGCGCUGCACCAACACCUACCACUUCACCUGCGCCAUCAGGGCACACUGCACCUUCUUCAAGGACAAGACCAUGCUGUGCCAGCUCCACCGGCCCACGUUGUCAGGCCCGCCCCCCGAGCCCUGCGCAUGGCCGCGCCACCCCUACGACUCGGAGCUGCGCUGCUUCGCCGUGUUCCGCCGCGUGUACGUGCAGCGGGAUGAGGCGCGGCAGGUGGCGGCCAUGGUGCAGCGCGGCGAGCAGCGGCACAGCUUCCGCGUGGGAAGCCUUCUCUUCUGCGCCGUGGGCAGGCUCCUGCCGCGCCAGAUGAGCGCCUUCCACGACCGUGCCGCCAUCUUCCCCGUUGGCUACCACGCCAACCGCAUCUACUGGAGCAUGCGCCACAGCAACAGGCGCUGCAAGUACAUGUGCUUCAUCGAGGAGCAGGAGGCGCGGCCACUUUUCAAAGUCAAGGUGGUGGAGAACGGCUACAACGACCUCGUCCUGACGGCGCCCACGCCCAAAGGCGUGUGGGACCAGAUUCUGGAACCGGUGGCUCGGCUCAGAAGCUCCAGCGGAAUGCUCAAACUCUUCCCGGACUUCUUGAAAGGAGAAGACCUCUUUGGAAUUAGCGCUUCGGCCGUCUGCAGGAUCAUCGAGUCGUUGCCAGGCGUGGAGGCAUGCGAACGCUACACCUUUCGUUACGGCCGCAACCCGCUGAUGGAGUGGCCGCUGGCCUUCAACCCGUCCGGCUCGGCGCGCUCAGAGCCCAAAGUCAGCCAGGCCAAGAGGCCGUACCUGUUGACCAGCAUGGCUCCGCGCUGCCAGGGCUCGGUGGGCUCCAUCGUGGGCGCGGUUCCGGGCGUGAUCUCGCUGUCGCCAGGCGAGACUGUGGCGGGCACUCACCAGGGGCGCCACUCCAAGCUGGCGCAGUACCGCCGCAUGAAGGCCGAUUGGAAGACGAACGUCUACCUGGCGCGCUCACGCAUCCAGGGCCUGGGGCUGUACGCCGCCCGGGACAUCGAGAAGUGCACCAUGGUCAUCGAGUACAUUGGCGCCAUCAUCAGGAGCGAAGUGGCUGACCGCAAGGAGAGACUCUACGAGAGUCAGAACCGAGGCGUGUACAUGUUCCGAAUCGACAACGACUACGUGAUCGACGCUACCAUCACUGGAGGACCCGCCAGGUACAUCAACCAUUCGUGUGCGCCCAACUGUGUGACGGAGGUGGUGAGUGUGGAGAAAGAGAACAAGAUCAUCAUCAGCUCCUGCCGACGCAUCCAGAGGGGAGAGGAGCUGUCCUACGACUACAAGUUUGACCUGGAGGACGACCAGCACAAGAUUCCCUGUCACUGUGGCGCCUUCAACUGCCGCAAGUGGAUGAACUGAGGUUUGAUUGGCGGUCAGGCAGGCAGGCGACCAAGAGGCUGGUCCUCUGCGUGUAAAUGUGUACAAAGAGCAGAAGAUGAUUUGUUGCAAAGAUUUUUUGCUUUGAUUUUUGUAUUUAUUACUGAAAGAACUUAUUUUCUAAUAGCACUCCUUUGCGCCGGGUGCCGAGUGGCAGCAUGUAAAUAGUCCAGCAAAAAAGAAAAACAUUUAAAGAAAAAAAGAAAUCAACACUUUGGAUGAGAGGCCAUUUUGAAUUUUUGUUCAUUGGCCCCGGUGUUCUUUUUAUUUUGUCUGUGAUCAUGCCCCCACCUGUUUUUUUUUUACUCUACAGUGUGAUGAUUAUGAAAUGAACUUUGUUUUGGGAGGUUAGUGGAGCCUGAUUUUGAAACAUUUUCAGAAAAUAAAAUACUUUACAUCUUAAAAAGCAAA